UUCCCUAAUCCAAGUGUAUUCUAUUGAAACCUGCGGACAUUUGGAAACGUGAGGAGCACACAUAAAUCAUAUGUGUGCACGCACGACCAGGCGAUUAAAUGACCAAUCCUUGGACAGUAGCCACGUCAGCUACUGCCGUGGCACUAUCCAGCACCCGCUUCUUCUUCACCCGCUCCGCCAUCCUCCGUCGUCAAGUCUCACCGCGUUACGGCGUGGCCACCAUGAGCGCCACAGGAGAAAAAAACCUCAGUUCGGACGCUGCCCAUUUGGAAACAAUUUUCAAGCAGAAAAAGGCCCUCCGUUCUGUUGUUAAAAGAGAUCUCAAGUCCAUGGAUUCCACCCUUAGAUCCCAAGAAGAUGAAGCAAUACAAAGGAUUGUAAUGGAGGCUCCAUGGUUUAAGGCUUGCAAGAGAUUGUGUGCUUAUAUAAGCUGUAGUGCUUUGCGAGAAGUAGAUACAACUCAAAUACUCUCUCAUGUUCUCGGAAGCCAUCCUGAGGAUUUGCAGAUGCAAAAGAAGCUUUUUGUUCCAAGAGUGGAGGAUAGGAACAGAAACAUGAGAAUGCUUCACAUCUCAAGCGCUGACGAUUUGAUUGCAAGUUCAAUGGACAUUCUGGAACCAGCUCCAGUAGAUGCUGAUGGAAAUGAACGUGAAGAUGUCUUGUUUGCAAAUGAGCCUGUUGAUUUGUUUCUUUUACCUGGACUUGCAUUUGACAAAGCUGGAAGACGGUUGGGCCGCGGUGGAGGUUACUAUGACACAUUUUUGUCAAGAUAUCAAGAGCUUGCAAUGGAGCAGAAUUGGAAGCAACCUCUCAAAAUUGCACUUUGUUACUCAGUGCAGAUAGUGGAUGAGGGUACUAUACCACUAACUCCAAAUGAUAUACUUGUGGACGCACUUGUAUCACCUUCCGGUGUGAUUCCUAUUAGUCCAGCUGCGCUGGAGAUACGCCAUUGAAAAGAUGCUCUUUUAAACACAAAAGCCUCAGGGGAGUCCCAGUCACAGCACCAUCAAAGAGGUGGGAAAGGAAUCACACCAGAAUUCUGAUCCAACAACAACAAACCCAGUUUAAUCCCAUACGUGGGGUCCGGGGAGGGUAGUAUGUACGCAGCCUUACCUUUACCCUAUAAAGGCGAUAGAGGCGAUAGGCUGCUUUCAAUUAGUGAAUUCUGAUCCAAGCAUAUAAUACUACUGCCGUCAUGGCAAGGAUAAUGGUUUGUUCUAUUUUCUUGAGAAAUGGCAUCUGGAGGAAGAGGUUAUUAUUAUGAAAUGAUCUGUUGUUGUAGGUCUGGUAGCCAUGUGUAUAAAUUGAUUUGAACCAUUUAUUUGUGGUAACAUAUAUGAAUUACCAUUAUCUCGUA